AAUCCACUUAUUUGUACAAAAAAAAAAGUAUGUAGAAAGAGAAGUUAAUGAGUGAAUAGUAUACGAGCACUACGCAAACCUGUCGGCGUAAACACAGACUGUCCCUACUCCUAUUUAUUUCUACUCACACUCUUCAUUCACACACUUCCCCACACAAACUCUCUCUCUCUCUCUCUCUCAUCCAUGCCCAUUGACACGUUUCCAAUUCAGGCGGACUCUCCGGCGCCGUCCAAUCACUCACGCUACGCCGAGCAGUUACCCAAACAGUCCCAUUUCAGAGGUGUCCGAAAGCGUCCAUGGGGCCGUUUUGCCGCCGAGAUCCGCGAUCCAUGGAAGAAGACUCGCAAGUGGCUUGGCACCUUUGACACCGCCGAAGAAGCUGCCAGAGCCUAUGACGAAGCCGCAAGGAACCUCCGUGGACCCAGAGCCAAGACCAACUUCUCUUACGUCGUCGCUCCCAUUAUUCAUCAAUUUCCUCCACCGGUUUAUUUCAUGUCCGGUGCGCCGGUGAGGUCGGAGUACAAAGGUUAUAAGUUGGAGAAUAUUGUUGUGAGUAAGGAAGAGGAGAAGAAGCCGUUCUUGUUUGACCUGAACUUGCCGGCGCCGCUUCUUUGAAAUCGGCGGAGGGUAAUGUUGUUUUUGGACGGUGGUCAUGAUAGAUUCGUGAGACAGAGCAACUCCUCCGCAUUCACUAUUUCAAAAACAAAUUCACUUCAGUUGAAGAAAAUCGCGAAUCCCAUUUGUUGCAAUGUAAAAACUUGAUGGAGGGAGAUAUUAAUGCAAAAUAAAUGCCUCUUCUUAUCUUUCUUUCACA